AUGUGUAUUACCAUUAUUUUCAGUUUACUCCAGGAUCACUGUGCAGCUCUAAAUACCUAUCGAGAUUUAUACAUGGUUCAAUGCGGAUACACUCUUCGUGUAAUCGGAUCCAAGUAUGUUCUCUUGCAUUUGAAAGUAUUUCCUGGAAGAAUAAGCAAGUUUUAUACGAUUUUUAGAGGUGAUCCGAACCAGAAGCUCGAAUACAUUGGGAUUUUGUUAAGUCGAUGGAGGAAGUUGAUCAACGAUAAGCCAAUUGAAGAACUCACAGAUAUGGCUACGGAAGAAGUUGCCCGGUACGAGUCAGGUGCUUUACCACCACUGGUGCGUCCCAACAAACCAAAGAAAUCGGCACACGACUGA